AAAAUUGAGUGAACGAGGGCGAGGGCAAGGGCAAGGAUUGAGACCGGAAGGUCAUGACAUUAAGGAUCAUUAUGAUGAUAAUUCACCGAAGCCCAAAAACUCCGGCCGGCCCUGUUUACUGAAAACGAAUUUCGUUUCAUAAGCUCCCGCGAAAAGGGCCUCUCGAUAGGCGCGCUUUGUGGUGAUUCAGAGCGUUUGAUAGUAAAAUGGAAGAAGAAGCGGGGGUGGUUAAGCCGAAGAAGAACGGCGGCGGCCGACUCUGCUCCCUAUGCAACCAGCGAAGGCCCGCCCUCAAGAGACCCAAAACCCUAGAACAGAUUUGCAAGGAGUGUUUCUACACUGUGUUCGAGGAGGAGAUCCACAGGGUGAUCGUUGAUAAACAGCUGUUCAAGCCUGGGGAACGUAUUGCUAUUGGCGCUUCUGGUGGGAAAGAUUCCACAGUUCUUGCUUAUGUGAUGUCGGAGCUGAAUCGUCGUCACAAUUACGGCCUUGAUCUUUUUCUCUUGUCAGUCGAUGAAGGCAUCAUGGGGUAUAGGGAUGAUUCUUUAGAAACUGUCAAGAGAAAUGAAAUCCAGUAUGGACUGCCGCUAAAAGUGGUGUCUUACAAGGACCUGUAUGGAUGGACAAUGGAUGAGAUAGUGAAGAUUAUUGGUUUGAAAAACAACUGCACAUUUUGUGGUGUGUUUCGUCGCCAGGCCCUUGAUCGUGGUGCUGCAUUACUAAAAGUAGACAAGCUAGUUACUGGGCAUAAUGCAGAUGAUAUUGCUGAAACAGUUCUUUUAAACAUAUUACGAGGUGAUAUUGCUAGGUUGAGUCGAUGCACCUCGAUAACCACUGGAGAAGAAGGACCAAUACCAAGAUGCAAGCCAUUCAAGUACACCUAUGAAAAGGAGAUUGUUAUGUAUGCUUAUUUCAAGAGGCUGGACUACUUCUCAACUGAAUGCAUUUAUUCCCCGAAUGCUUAUCGUGGUUUUGCACGUGAGUUCAUUAAAGAUUUAGAGAGACUCAGACCAAGAGCCAUACUUGACAUCAUUAAAUCGGGUGAGGAUUUCAGGAUCUCCACUUCUACAAAAAUGCCGGAGCAGGGAACCUGUGAACGCUGUGGUUAUAUUUCUAGCCAGAAAUGGUGUAAAGCCUGUGUCUUGCUGGACGGAUUGAACCGUGGUUUGCCUAAGCUGGGUAUUGGCCGAAGUAGAGGUCCCAAUGGUGAUCAUCAAAGGGAAAUGAAACAGAGUAAUGGAACCAGAAAUAUUCAGAGCAAACAAUGUGGAACAUUAGACUUCUGAGGAUGUCGUGUGGCAACUUCAACUUGGUUCCUCUUAAAAUUGGGCUUUCAUUUUUUGACUCUCAAGAGACGGGAGAUUACGAUUGUCAGGGACUUCAGAAUUCUUGGGAUUAGUAGAAUAAUUUGUUGCUCGAUCAUGCUUAUGAGAACUGAUUUGAGGUUAUGUUA